AUGUCUGCCCAGGAGAACAUUGCUUCCAAUGGCAACGACCUCGUUGGCUCCCUCGAUCAGCUCAAAAUUGAUGACGAGGUCAGACUUGGCCCCGACGGCGAGCCCGCGCCCCGCACCGACGAGGAGUAUGCCCAGGCACAGCUCACUUUGAGGGCCAUCGUUUCCUCCAAGGAGGCUGGCGUCAUCAUUGGCAAGGCGGGCAAGAACGUUGCCGACCUUCGCGACGAGACCGGUGUCAAGGCCGGCGUCAGCAAGGUGGUCCAGGGUGUCCAUGACCGCGUUCUCACUAUCACUGGUGGUUGCCAGUCCGUUUCUGAGGCCUACUCUAUCGUUGCCCGCGCCCUUCUUGAGGGGGCUCCCUCCCUGGGCAUGGGUGGCGUUGUCCAGAACAACGGCACUCACCCUAUCAAGCUCCUGAUCUCUCAUAACCAGAUGGGAACCAUCAUUGGCCGCCAGGGCUUGAAAAUUAAGCACAUCCAGGACGCCUCGGGUGUUCGCAUGGUUGCCCAGAAGGAGAUGCUCCCUCAGUCGACUGAGCGUAUCGUUGAGGUUCAGGGUACUCCCGAGGGCAUCAAGGGGGCCGUUUGGGAAAUCUGCAAGUGCCUCGUCGAUGAUUGGCAAAGGGGUACAGGAACUGUCCUGUACAACCCUGCCGUUCGCACGCAGCCCGGCACCACCUCGACCACUGGUGGCUCGACCGCGACCUUCUCCUCUGGCGGUGGUCGCUCCAACGACUACUCCGCUCCGCGUGUCAUGCGCACGGGCAACGGUGCCGACUUCAGCACUAAUAGCAACAGCAACAACGGUGGCGGCGGCGGUGGCGGCCGUCCCUAUGGUCGUCGUUCUGACUCGGACGCUGCUUCCCGCGGCCCUCCGACCCACGAUGAGAACGGCGAAGAGCUUCAAACGCAGAACAUUAGCAUUCCCGCUGACAUGGUUGGCUGCAUCAUCGGCCGUGCCGGCAGCAAGAUCUCGGAGAUCCGCAAGACCUCUGGCGCGCGCAUUUCUAUUGCCAAGGCUCCUCACGAUGACACUGGCGAGCGCAUGUUCACGAUCAUGGGAACUGCCAAGGCCAACGAGUCGGCUCUGUUCCUUCUCUACGAGAACCUCGAGGCGGAGAAGAUGCGCCGUCAGACUGCUACUUCGCCCGAGUAA